CUGCGCACCUCGACGUGUCUCUUCACUGAACAAAAGCGGCAGAAUUUGACAAUCCGCAAUCUUUAGCCUUGGAGGAUGGCUCCAUGCAACUCUAUUGCCCCCUGGUAACAUACACCCAUCUCGAGCUGCUUUGCAACGGAGUCUAUAACGCAGACUUAUAUUUAAAAUACAAGGACGGGCUAACUUCCGUAAAUGCGCCCUACAAGAUCUUCUACUACAACCAGGAUGGAUAUUAUUUCUUCCUCGUGAGCUUUAACGACUCUCCAGUGCAAAGUUGUAACGGCACGAUCCAGCUGGACAAUGAACUCGAUUUCUUUUGCGAAGUCAGUGAAUCACCUUUGAUAGUGUCCGGCACGCAGUUUUUCUGCCACAAGGAACUAAUGAGCUACGUAGAUGACUUGUUAUACGAGUGCACCAAGCCAAUAGCUCUGCGCUUCUUCAAUGUUGAGUGGAAGGGCGAGGCUACGAUCCAUUACGCUGCCAAAACGGAGUCAAAAAGUGGGACUUCCAGGGGAAUCCCUGGUUUGGGAACCUGGCUGGCCUGCCUGGUGUGCGUCUUUCUUCAAAGAUUGAAACUGCUGUCAUCCAAUAUAUUGAAAUUCAAGUGAACUACCAGUUUGCC